GUGUCGUUUAUUUAGCAUUGUCUGCGUAGCAUAAUGAUUAUUUAGAUGGCAAGGAUAACCAUGCUUAGACUAUAGUAAAUACGAUAAAGACUAGCAAUAAUAAGCUCGUGUUAUGCGUGACUAGACUGUUAUCUAGUCGUUUGGAACAAAUAAAAACUAAAUAAUGAAGUUGAUUAAGCACCAAUGCAUAAACAGCUACAUUGUAGCCUACGUGAUGAAUGUAAAAUGGCUAGUGCUCUUUAACGCUUCAGCGAAUUGUGAUAUUGUAUGCUGUCUCGGUAGCUAGUUUUGGCUUCCAAAUACGGAAAAUAGGCUUUUGAAUUAGUUAACUGUUGAACUCUAUUUAUUAUCUGAUCUAUAUGUGUGCCUUAGGCACUUUGAUGUAGGCAUAUGAUGAAACGAAGCUACAUAUACAAUUGAUUUUGGCAAGGAAAAUGCUCAGUCCAAGUACGUACCUUUGGAAGAGUACAAGCACAAGGAAGCAUUUGUAUUCCUAAUAGUAAAACGAAAAUUUGAGAAUUUUCAGACAAUGAAAUGGAACUGCCUGUUGUUUUUAUUCGGUUGGACGAAACUGAUUUCAAGCGAUAUCAUGUCCCUUAAUGGGAAACAUAUAGUGGUUGGGACUCAGGUUACUUUGGUUCAUCUUUACGUGUUGAGAAACACCUCCGGUCAUAUUCUUAAGCUUGAUGGUGUCGCAGCCGAAACGCUGGGUUCAUUAGCACGACGUUUAAAUUUUACGUAUUCACUUCUACAGGUAAACGAUAGCCUUUUGGAAGGAAUUAGCAACACUCUACCAGGUCUUGCUUUCUACGUUGCAAAUGGAAUGUGUGAUGUUGUUAUUGGACCCGUAGUAACGACGCCGAGUCGAUUUGCAAUUAUGGAUUUUGCAGAAGGAUUCAUGUACUCAUCCGGCGCACUUCUUAUACCCAUGCCAACAUCAUCAGAGAACGUUGCAGCUGUUGCAAAGCCUUUCCAACUAUCGGUCUGGAUUAGCUUGUUAAUUGUAAUGCCCAUUACGGCUGCAGCCAUUUGUGUUUUCAUUCGCCCUAAGCCCUGGUUGCAUUCGUCUUCCACUUUGGAUCGAUCGUAUUGUGGAAAGUUACACCACAUUUCUUGCUCAGCAUUCGAAGUAUUCUUCGAGGUAUUUAGAAUUCUCAUGAAUCAAGGGGGAAGUUUCCCAACGAUGCGCAACACCGUUUGUUUUGUUGUGGGCUCCUGGUGUUUGGGAGCUCUGGUCGUGGUUUCUGCUUACAAUAGCCUUUUGACCUCUUACAUCCUUGGAUCAAAUGCAGAGCCAUUAGUCGAUUCUCUCACUGACGUUGCAGUGAAUUCCAAUGUUAAUCUGGUCGUUGAUAAAGGUCUUGCCGUUGAUGUUGUUGUUUCGGGGGCUACUGUUGGGCUCUACAAACAGCUUGGCGAUAAACUGAGGUCAAAUAAAAACUCACGCUGUGUGACAUUUCAAGGGUGCAUUGACCUCGUGAAAUCCGGAUCCUACACUUAUCUUAAUGGUCUUUCCGUGACGCUGAAUGCUAUCGAUGACGAUUACAAAUCUACAAGGAAGUGCAAUCUUGCAUUAGCUAGAAAGCCCGAAUCGGUGCCCGCUGCACUAGCAUGGGCACUCUCGAAGAAGAGUCCGUACACCAAAUCGUUCACAAAAGGAUUUAUGGAAUUGCAUCAAGCCGGAUUGAUCGAUGAAUGGACACAUAGGGAACUGCAUCAACGCAGAAAUGUAAGUUACUGCUUGAACGAAGCCAAGAGAGUGCAGCAACGUAAGAUAUCCGAUAACUUAACAAAAAUCACAUUGAAAAAUUUCUCCGGGGUAUUUUACGUCUUAAUCAUGGGGUACGUCCUAUCUCUUAUUUGCUUCUUUGGUGAAAAUAUGCAUUUUAGACUUUCGAAAUAUUAUGGGGGGUCGUCAACAAGUGGCAUGGAAUUGAAACAAGGCGGGAAAUUGUAAACUAGAAAGCGAGGAAAUGGAGGACACGGAAUUGUGCCUUUUCAGAUCAUACAAAACUGGCCGAAACUCGCAUUGAUAUUUUGAUGAACUGAAAUCUAGUUCCCCGUAGUUUAAUUCUGAUUUAGUAACUUGUGCAUUGUAUUUUGAC